AUGUAUGCCGAGACCGAAACUUCGUCAUCAGCGCAAACCUACGUCCACAUACUUGUCUGGGCGAGGGCCCUCCUGCCCCUCCUCUCCCUCUCGCAACUUUCAGUGGCCGCCCCCAUUGAAGAGAUCAAGGAGAAGGAUAUUGAAGAUGAAUACGACUUCAUCAUCUGUGGCGGUGGCACGGCCGGUCUUGUGUUGGGCAACCGUUUGUCGGAAUCCGGCGCUAAUCGAGUGCUUGUACUGGAAUCGGGCCCUAAUCCCGAGGUCGUUGCCGCCUACGAGGCUCCCGGUGGCAAUCAAUUACUCGGAGGCACUGCAAUCGACUGGGACUUUUUCACCGCGCCACAGGAGCACCUUGACGGGCGCAUCCUCAACUACCACCGAGGACGUGCCCUCGGCGGCAGCAGCGUGACGAACGGCCUCUACUACGGAAGAGGAAGCUCAGGCAUCUACGACCGCUGGGUCGAACUCGGCAAUCCCGGCUGGGGCUGGAACGACACCUACCCCUUGUUCCGACGGGCCCUCCAGCUCGCCUUCCAGGGCUACGUCCCCGAGUCGGCCAACGGCUUCAUCGAGGCGUGCGAAGCCGCCAACAUCCCCAUCGUCAAGGAUCUCAACUCCGGAGAUGGCGACCGCGAGAACCUGGACGUGUUGCAUUUCGCCUCGGUGCAGCAUCUCAUCUUGGAUACUGACGGUGACACACCUGCCGCGACGGGCGUCGGCUUCAUUUACCACCCCACCGGUCUCGUGCACGAGAUCAAGGCGCGGAAGGAAGUCAUUGUCAGCAUGGGCGCCUUCCACUCUCCGCAGCUCCUCAUGCCUCAACGACCACUCCGUAUUCAGCAUCAUGGCCAAGGCGCAGCCCGAGUUUUCCACGAGCGACAUGUCCGCCUCUUUCAUGAACCUCAGGGCCGCGCAAAACGAGUUCUACGCCAACCUCUCCGGAACAUACACUGCUCCUCCGGAAUCACCAACGGCUUCCAAGAGCUCUCAGACGACGAGCUUCGCAAGAUUGGUGCCGGUGACGUGGUUGACGCCGGUCUAGUCAACCAGGCUCACGUCGAGUACCUGUACGAGUCCAUCUGGUACCCCGGUGGCCCUACUCCUUAUUACACGCCCAAGGCCAAUGAAUCGUACAUUUCUCUCACCGCCUCCAGCAUGGUCGCUUUGUCGAGGGGCAACGUUACCUUGCGAUCGGCUUCCAUGGCAUCCGCGCCGGUGAUCAAUCCAAACUACUACGCCGAGGAAGCUGAUCGAGCUCUCGCUAUCGAGUCUUUCAGAUACCUGCGCAAGAUCUUGGCCCACCCUGCCCUUUCCAAAUUCACAGAUGGCCCGGACAAUGGCGAGUUGAGCCCUGGGUCUGCAAUUUCAGAUGACGACGACGAGGCUAUCCUCGAAUACGUCAAGGCGAGCACGAUCCCCAACUGGCAUGCCUCGGGCACCAACCGUAUGCUGCCUUUGGAGGAUGGAGGAGUUGUAGACUCUGAACUCAGGGUCUAUGGAGUGGAUAACCUUCGCGUGAUUGACUGCAGCAUCAUUCCGCUGCUGCCAGAUGUGAACAUUCUUGGUCCGGUCUACAUGAUUGCUGAGAAGGGUGCAGAGGUCAUCCGGGAACACUGGAACGACAACUAA